AUGUCCCCCGCCCCGGGCCCCGGGCCCCGGUGGCUGCUCUUUUCCUUCGGCAUGGUGCUGGUGUCGGGGUCCAGGUGCCCCAGCGGCUGCCAGUGCCAAGACCAGGAGGUGGUCUGCACGGGGGCGCAGCUGAAGGAGUACCCCCCGGACAUACCCCUGGACACCCGGAGGCUCUACCUGAACGACAACCACAUCACCUUCCUGCCGGCCAUGAACCUGGGGCUGCUCAGCGACCUGGUCUACCUGGCCUGCCAGAACAACCGGAUCGGCGAGGUGAUGGACUACACCUUCAUCGGGGUCUUCAGGCUCAUCUACCUGGACCUCAGCUCCAACAACCUGACCUCGGUGUCCCCACACAGCUUCUCCAUGCUCAGCAGCCUGGUGCAGCUGAACCUCUCCCACAACCCGCACCUGUCGUCCCUGGACAAGUACACCUUCGCCAACACCAGCUCCCUGAGGUUCCUGGACCUCAGGGACACCGGCCUGCAGGCCCUGGACCACGCCGCCUUCCAAAACCUCCCCACGCUGCAGACGCUGUACCUGAGCGGGAACCCCUGGAAGUGUAACUGCUCCUUCCUGGACUUCACCAUCUACUUAAUCGUGACCCACCUGGACUACCCAGACGGCCAGAACGCCACGUGCGUGGAGCCCGCGGAGCUGGCCGGGUGGCCCGUCACGCAGGUGGGGAACCCGCUGCGGUACAUGUGCAUCACGCACCUGGACGGCCGCGACUACCUCUUCCUGCUGCUCGUCGGCUUCUGCAUCUUCUCGGCGGGCACCGUGGCCGCCUGGCUCACGGGCAUGUGCGCCGUGGUCUACCAGAGCGCCCGGCGCAGGUCCAGCGAGGUGGAGGAGGAGGACGAGCACGGGCAGCGGGUGGCGGUCAGCCGGCGCAUCUUCCAGAGCAGGGUGGACGUGGGCCAGGACGGCUUCCCGCAGCUGAUUUAG